AGGCGUGCGCUGGCCGCCCCUCGCGUGCGGGCCGUGCGCGCCGCUGCUGCGAGCCGCGCGGGUGGUCGGCGCGCAUGGAGCGCAUGGGCGUGGAGGAGGCGAGGGCGCAGCCGCAGGUGGCGUGGGAGACCACGUUGGUGGAGCGCGACCUGCAGUGCCCCAUCUGCAUCGAGUUCUUCUGCUCCCCGCUGAGGCUGCGGUGCGGCCACACCUUCUGCAGACUGUGCCUGCUGCAGUCCACCCGGCUGGCUCCCGACGGCCGCAGUUGCCCGACCUGCAGGACCCACGUCGAGAUCAAGGACCCACGGAACGAGCCGACCGACCCCGAGAUUGAGUCGCGGGUGCGGAUGUUGGUGCCCCCAGAGGCACUAGAGAAGCGCCGCGCCGCGGACGCGGAGGAACUGGCCGCGCUCGAGGAUCGCGAGAGGCGGAGGAUACCCGUCUUCUACAUGCGCGGCGUGGCCUCUCGGCCCAGCGAGCAGGUGCGGCUCCACUUUUUCGAGCCGCGCUACAAGGUCCUCAUACGCCGGGCGUGGGAGGGGAACCGGCGGUUCCUGUGCGCGCAGAAGCCGCCCCAGGAGGGCGACGAGGUGCUCCUGGUCGAGGUGGAUUCGGCACACUUCCUGCCAGACGGCAGGGCCAACAUUCGUGGCGUCGGGCGAGAGCGGGUCCAGGUGAGACACGCCUGGGUCGAGGAGGGUACCGACGGCCUCUACUACGCCGAGGUGGACUGGGCCAGCAAGGACGCGGCGGGCGUGGUGCCCCGGCAGGUUUCGGAUGAGGAGCGUGUCCUGCUGUCGCUGCGCGCGGCGAUAGCCGUGGGCGCGCCCGCGUACAACCUGGGCAGGGUGGCUGCCUGCGCGUCCAUAUACGCCGAGGCUCAGAAUAGAACCGCGCACCGAUGCCGAUGUGCCGAUGCCAUGCCCUCGUUUUCGCCUUUCUGGUCUGUCUGGGUGGACCUUCGUCGCCACGGCUGGAUUCGCACCCCAGCAGAGGUCGGGGCAGUAGUUAGCUGUGUUUGUCAGUGUGAUGGCGUGCAACAUCAAUCUUCAGAGGUCUUCAGAGGUAUAUCCGUAAGGGCUUCGCCCCC